UAGUCCUUGUCAUUUGACCCGGAAACACAUUAACCUGUUUACGUCAUUUGGUGACCUAAAAUGGCGGAGUCGGAGGAGGAGGUGGAUGUGUUGGUCCAGAGAGUUGUUAAAGACAUCACGAACGCCUUCAAAAGGAACCCGAACAUUGAUGAAAUCGGUGUGAUUCCAUGUCCGGAGGCGCGCUACAAUCGCAGUCCCAUCGUGUUGGUGGAAAACAAGCUGGGCGUUGAGAGCUGGUGUGUCAAGUUUUUGCUGCCGUAUGUCCACAACAAGCUGGUGUUGUACCGCCAGCGGAAACAUUGGCUGGAUAGGGAAGCUUUAGUGGAUAUCACCUCCACCCUGUUGCUGCUGAAUCCGGACUUCACCACUGCAUGGAAUGUCAGGAAAGAGUUGCUGCAGUGUGGAGUUUUUAACCCUGAGAAAGACCUCUACCUUGGCAAGUUGGCGCUCACUAAAUUCCCCAAGAGCCCAGAGACAUGGAUACAUCGACGCUGGGUACUGCAGCAAAUCCUGCGACGGUUCUCCGCCCUGGACUGCAGUGGAAAGCAGCAGCAGCAGCAGCGGGGUGAAGCAGAGCAGGGCGAUGCGGAAAGAAGUCAGCAGCUCAGCGAGCAACUGGCUCGAACACUCCAGCAAGAGCUCACGGUCUGCUCCGACGCCGCUUGUCGUUACCCUAGCAACUACAACGCAUGGUCCCACCGCAUAUGGGUGCUGCAACACAUGGCCAAAGGCAACGUCAAGGUUUUACACGAUGAGCUGUCCUCCAUGGGUCAGUGGGUGUCAAUGCAUGUGUCGGACCACAGCGGCUUCCACUACCGUCAGUUCCUGCUCAAGGAGCUAAUUGCCGAGUUUUCUCAAACACGAGCUCCCGGCAACAGCAGCUCACUCCAGCAUCCGUCCAGAACCGUCCCCGGCAGCUGUCCCUUACAUUCCAGCAACUUUCAGGCGAAUGGAGAGCUUUCAGGAACAGAAGAACUGGAUGAAAACGAGCGGGAGCUUAAAUUAGCCAAACUGUUUGAGCUCUUCCACCAGGAGAUGGAACUGUGCACUGAUCUGAUCCAGUCUUUCCCUGGACAUGAGACACUGUGGAGUCACAGGCGGCACGUCUUCUACUUGUGGCACCAGUGGAGGUUAGAGCAUCAUCUCCAACACUUGAACAGCAACGGCGGCAGUUUCCACCACGACGCCGGUGACUCGGGCCUGCCGAAGCCGGGCGCUCCGGGCUGUAGAGAUUGGGGGGAUGAUGUGGACAGACAAAGGCACGCUGUUAUGGAAGUAGACGGCGUAUCGCCGCCCGAUCCUCGCGACAGCAAGCGUCUGAAGAGAGGUGUCCACCCACCGAGCCUCCCCAACCUGGCCUCGGAGAGCACGUUUGUGAGCGUUAUCUUGGAGCGCCCGUGUAAUGCCGAGCAGAGACGCUUUGCCUCGGCCUACAAGAGGUGGUUGGACACAGUCAUCGGUAAGGAGCUCUGAGAAGAUUCAUCCUUUUUUUUUUUUUACAUGUUCCUUUUCUACACGCAGACUAACUGCUAGUAUUUCAACACAGCCGUGACAUUAACAAGCAAUCACAACGCAACAUAUAAUCUUAUUCUUUUCAAUAACCUCAUCUCCGCCACUGUGACUUGUAAAGUCAUUUACUGAGUAAAAUUCUAUGUUUCUUCUAAUACCUACUGAGUAAUAUAUGUUGCUUACUUCUAUUCAUAUCUAGUUCAUGUAGGCAUGUAAUAAUAUGAAGAAAAAAUGUUUUAUAAUGCAUUGUAAAGAUGUAUCAGUAUGUAGCAAAGUGCAGCCAAAAAACAUUAUUAUGCACGUACUUCAAUAGGUUGAAGUACAUGCAGUGUUUUAACAGUACACGUGUACUUUGAAGGCGCUAAAGCUCUUACCUUUUCUGGUACGACACACUACUACGGUACAAUGCAAUACUACAGCCACUGUAAAAUGUGUACUGUACACAAUUCUGGAGAUAAGUGUUUUAACAGUAUAAUCAUGCUAGUACUUUUCUUUCUGUACAAUAAAGAUAAGAGCAAAACGUGUAGUUGUGUCACACAUGACAGGCUAUGAUAUUAUUAUUA